AUGCUCGCUGACUUCGAAUUCCAGGAUCUAUGGAGUGAGCUGCCAUCAUCUACUUGCAAAGGGAGUCGUGUUGCAUCACUGCUAGGUAUCUAUUACUUUCCAGGACUACCAGUCUAUAUGGCUACCUUCAUGUCCUUGCCCACUGAACUACGACUCCAAAUAUAUCGAGAGCUCUUCAUCUCAAAGCCGCGAGUAUCACGCUUGGGCCGACAUGUCAGAGGUCCUGUAACUUUCUACAACGAUCGUACAUUCUAUACGGCGGUACUUGAGGUCAGCAAACAGGUUCAUGUAGAAGCUAUCUCCGUUCUUUAUGGAGAAACCGCCUGGACGCUUCACGUCUACCUCAUCUUCAGGGGAAAUAAGAUCCAUGGGUCCAAUGUGGAUGGUGCCCUCCAUUCCUUGGCACGCACAAAACAAUUUCCUUACAUCCGUACCUGCAUCUUGGAUAUUCGACUGUUUCAAGGGGAAGUAAAGGAAACAAAUACCACCUUCUCUGGCAUUGAAGCACUUCGUGCUAAUGUCAAGAUCGUCCGCCAAGUUUUGUCGCGAGCUCAAGGCCUGAAAAAUAUCGAGAUCUCAUGGCGAAAUUACUUCAAUCUUGACUUGACCGAGCCAAGAUGUAAAUCGUUGGAGCCUUUGAAUCAAUUACCCAUCACGUACAAUCUAUUCAUUGGCAAAGUGGAGAGUACUACAGAGGGCUCAAAUAACGAUUUGACCAACUGGCCUGACAUGCUGAAAGCAUACAGAGUCAUGUUAUUCAGGGGAGGUUAUGGGGAUGAUGGUUGUAUUGAGUGGAGGGCAGCGAAGAGGCCAAGAGGAUAA